AUGAACGCCAUCAAGAACUUUGGCAGCAGCAUUGCCAAUGCGCCCCGAAGGGCGGCUGAGCUGGGCCCGGUGGGGGUCCUGAAGAAGGUUGGAAACGCCUUUGCGCCGCCUCCCGAUACCGCCGAGGACGGCCGUGACCAGUGGCCCUCGAGGACGGCCUUUGUCCUCGCCGCGAUGGGUGGCUGCGCCGGCAUGGGCAACCUCUUGCGGUAUCCUUCCGUUGUCUACAACAACCAUGGGCUGCAGUGGUACAUCCCCUAUCUCAUGUGUGUGUUCCUCAUUGCGAUCCCCGUGCUCAUCCUUGAAAUCGCCAUUGGGAAUGCCUACCGCGCGGGUUCCGUCGUUGCCUUCAACAGCAUGAACCAUCGUCUCAAGGGAACCGGCCUCGCGAUGCUGUACAUCGGCUUCGUCGUCACUCCUUACUUUGUCGUCAAUCUCGCCUGGAUCAUGACCUACUUCCGGUACUCUUUCCACAGCCCUCUGCCCUGGGCCGGUCGUGCUACCGAGUUCUACAACAAUAUCACCGCCGUGGUACCAGAGCCUAUUCCCGGCAACUACACCACCGAUGGCACCGGUAUCCUGGACUGGACUGAGUAUGUCGGUACACGCGUCAAUGGUGAGACUGUUGGCUGGUGCAUCUUCACAUGGUUCCUCGUCUGGCUGUCCAUCUUCCGUGGAUGUGGUUUGACUGGCCGUGUUGUCUACUUCACCAUGGGACUCCCCAUUGUUGUCACCAUCAUCCUCAUCGGCCGAUCCUGCUCUCUGCCCAACGCCAAGGACGGCAUCAAGCUGUACUUUGCCACAUGGAGAGGCUCCGAGCUUGCCAAUGGUUCACUCUGGCAAACCGCCUGCGGUCAGGUCUUCUUCUCUACUGGCGUCGGUUUCGGAUACUUCACCUCCUACGCUUCAUACAACAAGAAGCACUCCAAUGCCGUGGUGGACUCCAUCCUCGUCGUUACCAGCAACGUCCUCUUUGAGAACAUUGCCGCCUUUGCUGUUUUUGGUGUUGUUGGUUAUCUGGGCAUGACCCCUAAUCCCGAGGAGAGACUGGGCAGUUUCAUGGUCGGAUUCCUUACCCUUCCCGAGGCCAUUGUUCAGAUGCCUGCUUCCAACCUCUGGGCUGUCCUCUUCUUCUUCACCCUCAUGGUUCUCGGCUACAGUUCCGCGUUUGCCAUGCUGGACGCCGUCGUGACUCUCAUCAUGGACGCCAAGCCAAGGUGGAACCGUAUCAUCGUGGUGACAAGCUCUGUCGUGGUCUCGUUCCUCCUGUCCAUCCCAUACUGUGCCGAAUUCGGCACCUAUCUGCUGACUGGCGUCGAUCGUUGGAUCAGUGACGUGGCGCUUGUGUUCGUCGUCUGGGCCGAGUGUGUCUGCGCUACUGUCGUCUACCGAUGGCACGACGUUGUCGAGCAGGUGGGAUUGCCCGCUUUCGCUCUGUACACCUUUGCCUACUUUGGAGCCCAGGUCCUCGGUGUCAUUGUCGCCCACACCGUGAGUGCCGAGGCCGGCGCUGGAACAGGCUUUGGUAUUUACAUCGUCUUCACGGUUGCUGCUGUGCUUAUUGGCAGGACCCCGGAUGCCAAGUCGGCCAAGUUCAGGCUCUGGGGAACCGAGAGCCAGGGUUUCCUGAGGCCGUUGGAGAGUAGUGCCCUUUUUCAACGUUUCUGGUUCCUUGCUUUCUACUCUGGUAACCAAUUACGUCGUGACUUGAAUCUGAUCGUCGGCCAAGGAAGAAACUGGAGCAUCCCCGUCUUCUGGUCCGCCCUGCUCCGAUACGUGGCCGGCCCGGCCCUCGCCAUCGUCUUCAGCUUCUCCUACCCCUCCUUCUACACGCUGCGCAACGACCCGCUCCACGUGCUCGGGUUCGGUGUCGGCCACAUCUGCCUCAUCAUCAUCUUCGCCGGCUUCAUCGUCCCCAGAUGGUUCGACAUCUUCAUCCCCCCCGGCCGCCGCGGCGAGGGCCAGAGCAAGUGGGGCGCCAUGGUCGACGCCAACAUCGAGGAGCUGGAGGAGAACGUGCGCCUCGAGAACGCCAAGAAGCUGGAGAGGGACGACGACUCGGUGAAUGCGGGUGUCGUGGCCGCUGAGGGGAAUGACCUGGCGGCCAGCUCGUCCGACUCUUCGAAGCAGCCGAGAGAGACUGCUUUGAAUGAGAAGGCGGGUAACUGA